CUGAAAAAAAAAAAACCAUCCAGAAGACUAAGAAAAACCGUUAUGUAUCUUCCUAAACAAUCAAAUACCGUUAUCGAAACCCUGUAUAGCAACUACUAGUCUUUUCUGUACUCUGCGGUCAUUUUGAAUACUCUUCGGUUUCCAAAUUCUUUUCACAUUUUUUUCAUUAACGAAACGAAAGGAUGUGGCUUCGACCAAAUGUCAGGACCGAGAUUCGCCGUAACCGUUUCAAGGUCGCCGUCGACGCCGAAGACGGUCGCCGGAGACGAGAGGACGACAUGAUCGAGAUUCGCAAGAGCAAGCGCAAAGAAAGGUUACAGAAGAAGCGUCGCGAAGGUUUUCAAUAUCACCAACAGUUCCCCACUCCUCUAACUUCUUCCAAGCUAGAGAAUCUUGCUUCAAUAGUUGCGGGUGUCUGGUCCAACGAUGCUAGUGUGCAACUGGAAGCAACCACGAGGUUCCGGAUUAUACUUUCAAUUGAACGAAACCCUCCGAUUGAAGAUGUUAUGCAAUCUGGUGUUGUGCCACGUUUUGUUGAGUUUCUUGUUAGGGAGGACUUCCCUCAACUUCAGUUUGAGGCUGCAUGGUCUCUGACAAACAUAGUAUCUGGAACUUCUGAGAAUACAAAGGUGGUGAUUGAUCACGGAGCAGUUCCUGUAUUUGUCAACCUGCUUAGUUCAUCUAGUGAAGAUGUUCGAGAGCAGGCCGCGUGGGCUUUAGGAAAUAUUGCUGGUGACUCCCCUACGUGCCGUGAUCUAGUGCUCAGCCAUGGUGCCCUUGUCUCACUAGUGGCCCAGUUGAACAAGCAGGCCAGACUUUCAAUGCUCAGAAAUGGCACAUGGACUUUAUCAAACUUUUGCAGGGGCAAGCCACAGCCUGCAUUUGAGAUGGUAAUAUCUAUUAAUUUGGUUUGUUUGGAUGAUGAAGAAGUUUUGACAGAUGCUUGCUGGGCCUUGUCAUACCUUUCUGAUGGCACAAUUGACAUAAUUCAAGAAAUUAUUGAGGCAGGUGUAUGUGGCCGACUGGUGCAGCUUCUUCGAAACCCAUUUCCUUUGGCGCUGAUCCCUGCUGUUCGUACAUUGGGAAAUAUUGUGACCGGAGAUGAUAUGCAGACUCAGUUAAUGAUCAAUCACGGUGCACUUCCUUGCCUUUUGAACAUAUUGACACAAAAUCAUACAAAAAGCAUAAUGAAAGAAGCUUGUUGGACUAUAUCAAAUAUCACAGCUGGAACUAAGGAGCAAAUACAGGCUGUUAUUGAAGUUGGUCUUAUUGCUCCGCUUGUCGACCUUCUUCAACAUGCAGAGUUUGACAUAAAAAAAGAAGCUGCUUGGGCAAUAUCAAAUGCUACAUCUGGUGGAACUCAUGAGCAGAUCAAGUACUUGGUGGGUCAGGGUUGCAUAAAACCUAUUUGUGAUCUGCUUAUUUGCCCCGAUCCAAGAAUCGUCGCUGUCUGUUUAGAGGGCCUAGAGAAUAUUCUGAUUGUUGGAGAAACAGAGAAGGUCCUGGGUAACCGUGGAGAUGCCAACUUGUAUGCUCAGAUGGUAGAUGAUUCUGGUGGAUUGGAGAAGAUUGAAAACCUGCAGAGUCACGACAACAAUGAAAUAUAUGAGAGGGCUGUUAAACUUCUUGAAGCGUACUGGUUGGAAGAGGAAGACGAUAUACUAUCUUCAAGAGAUGGUGAUCCACCCGGUUUCAACUUUGGAAGCGAAGAGUUUCCACUCCCAUCUGGUGGAUUCAAAUUCAGCGGCUGAAGAUCUUUUCUUGAGUAGGUACAUGUUUUACUAGUCUUUCGGGUAAAGAAAAUCACAUGAUCGUCAUUUUGGCUCAUUUUUAGAUAAUAUAGUCUGGAGGGUCAGUCCUUGCACCUUGUGUCCGGAUACGGUCUGGUCAAGUGUCCAUUGUGGUUAAUUAGGUGUCGGGGAGAUUCGGUUUACGCAACCAUGUCUUUAAAUGGUUUGCUGUGUGGAACUAAACUACUGAAGCAUGGCCUUGUAAGCUCUGUUCUAUUAAAAAUACAGAUGUUGGGGGAAGUAUCCAGGUUCUUAUAUGGCAUAAGGGCCUAAGGGGGGUGGAUGCGGUUUUGAGUGCCAUUUUUAGAGUACUAGGUAUACUUGUAAGUUUUACUGGGUCAUCCAAGGAGAAAAUUAGUUCUUUGUUUGUGCAUUGUUUCAUACUUCUCCUACUUGAUUUUUCCUUUGCAACACAUGGUGAGUUGGAGAUUGUAUAUUAAUCUGAUUUGACCUGCAUUAAUUUGGUAAAAACUAUAGCUAACUCAAAAAUGUUUUGAUUCUUAGCUGGUUCUUUCGACCCAAA